UAUUUCGGUAUAUUUCUGAGGGUCAGAUAAAUCCGCGGUCACACUGAUCGCACAGUACAUUUACAUUGCAAAAAAAGCCUAAAACAAAGUUUUUAAACAAUUAAAAUUAAGCAAUCUUAUGCAUAUUAUUAAAGAACAACCCCUGCGUUCGCCUAUCAAUUAAAGCAAAAGUGGUGGCUGUGUAUUGUUGUUGUGCAAACGAGCCAAAAAGACCGUCGUCCAGCAGAGGGGCGAAGAGAGAAAAUGUCACCCAAAGCAGCAGCAGCAGCAGCAGAAAAAGUGUGAAGAAAUUACAUUUCUGGUCAAAGGCGCACUAAAAAAACACAACAAUAAGACAUUUAAAAAACAAUAAUGGUUCUACACUGAAAUGAUACACAAACAAUUGUAAUUUCACAGGGGCAGACACCUGCAAGCGCAAUGAGAGCAACGCUGAUCCUUAACAGGCCUUCGAUCGAACUCAGUCGAACUCUAUCCUGGCUUGAAUGUCGUCGGUAAUUGGACUCGGGAUCCACAGUUGGGACUCUUCUUGCAAUCCGCUGGCACAAUGCAAAGCCUGGACUCAUCGUGCCAAGAAGCCGACUUUAUCAUAAAUGACACGCUGAAGAAGUUGAAGGGCUCCAACAACUCUGACCAUGCCCCGGGACUAGCUCAUGCCGUGGUCCACGGCACGGGCGUCCACCAGCAGCAGCAGUUUGUCCAGUACCAGCCAGCCUCCUCCCCCAGUAGUCAUCAGCUGCAGUCGCAGCAAACGCAGUCCUACCACCACCUCCACACGGCGCUCCAGCAACAGCAGCAGUCAUCCCCAGUCGUCACUGUUGGCUUUCCGACGAGCAGUAAAUCGUAUCUGGAGACUAGCCUGCUGCAAGCCAUACCACAGAUUCCUGCCCAACCGCCCAUCUGCAUCUUCGAUGACGAUGAAUCGCCGCCCGAUGGGGGAGGGGCGUCAAUUGGGGGCUCCCUGGGCAUACUCACUGAGCCGACAUCGGCCACGCCCACCGGCCUGCCCACAGCGAUUGCCCCGUCGCCCUCAUCAUGCUCAUCCUCGACAACGACUCUGUCGAAUUUCAACUCAAUCACAUCGCCCUCGCCAGUAGUUCCUGACUUGUUGCUGUCUACGCCGCCAGGCAUCAACUCCAGCCUAAGCAAUAAUUCGACUGCCGCAGCUGCAACGUCGACGACGACGACGACGAACCCUACGACGACGGUCAGUAAGAAACCGGAGAAGCGGCCCGCCUCUGCCAACUCAACCUCCUCCUCCGGGGGCCAUCACCUGCAUCACCAUCACCUGCACCACCAGUCACACAACCACCAUGGGGUCCAUGGGGCCUCGCCCGCGUCGUCGCCCAGUAAGAGGCAGAAGUCCAAUAGCAACAGCACCAGCAAGGAGUGCAGCUCCUCUAGUCGCAGCUCAGCUUUAUCCUCAGCCCCAUCCUCCUCAUCGUCGUCGUCAACACCGCGCGCUGGCGCCGGCGCUGCCUCCAACAACAACAACAACAACAAUAGCACCUCGUCCUCAACGAAGGGCUCCUCGGUGUGUCCACCGGGCAGCACGAAGUUCUUCAAUCUACACGAGAAACUCAAGGAUCUUUAUAUGCAGCUGCUAAGCAACGACAUCAACUACUUUGCCGAGACAGGGCUUAAGCAGCGCACACGAUCGUUUACCCUGGAGCGGCUGGUGGAGCGCGAGAAACUCAACACGAUCGUGGUGAACCUCUAUCCUGGCAACAAGGGAUACUCGCUGGCCCUGCACUACGAUGAGCAUGUGACGCUGAACACGCAAACGAACGAGUGGUCCGUCAGUGACAGGGACGAGGCGGCGAGCGAAGGAGCAGGAUCAGGAGGCCAUAGGCGACUCCUAUCGACCAAGUCUGCGGCAAUGGAUGAGAGCCAAGCCAAGGCAGAGUCGAAGCACGACUAUGGCCUGGUUGAAGUGCUUCGAUGGCCGUACGAGAACGAUUUGCUGUUGCAGUGCAUCGAUCGCGAGAUCCUGCCAGAGUUUCUGAUGGAUCUGCUCUGUGCGGAGACAGUCAGCCUGUCGGAUGGGGGAGAGGGAACGCGGAUCUAUGCCAAGCCUAGCGUUUUCUACGCGGGCUGCGUCAUCGCCCAGAUCCGCGACUUCCGCCAGACGUUUGCCACCUCAACGAAUAUCUGUGAUAUGAAGCACAUCCUGCUCAGGCCGACGAACGCCACCCUCUUCGCGGAAGUGCAGCAAAUGGGCAGCCAACUGCAGGCGGAGGAUAAGCUUGCACUGGAGAGCCAGUUGGUGUUGGCCACGGCGGAGCCGUUGUGUCUGGAACCGGAUCCAAGCAUAGGACGGCAGGCCAUCAAUGCUCAGCACCAGCGCCAGCUCUUCAACUCGCACGAACUGCGCCGCCAGAUGAAGAAGUUCACCCAGACUGCCAUCAAUCGGAAGCGCAAGCUGGACCAGUUCACCCACCACCAUGGGCUGGAGCUGUGCGACUAUCUGGCCCGACUGCGUCAGAGGCCCCGGACGGGGAGCAGUAGCGCUGGCGGCAACGCUACUCCGGCCACGGCACCCACCAACAAUCCUCUGGUGGGCGCCAUGCUCUCCUCCUUUACCUCAAAGGUCCCCAGGCGGCCUCACGAAGUGAUUCGGCCCAUUCGUCCUCCGUGCUUGGAGUACCCCGCCAAUCUCAAGGUGCCCGAGCAUGUCAUCAGCGUAGAAAAGUAUGCCAAGACCUUCGAGCCCCUCAAUGAGUUCAGCGAGGCCUGCAAGGAUGGCUGCCAGCCGAAUUGUCGCCACAACUUCCAGCCCCAACUGAUCGAGGAGUACGUCCUGGAGACUGAGCGGGAGGCCAACGAGGGACGGCGGGCGCUGUACCACAUCAAGCUAUCCAUCUACCAGCGUCCCUCCGAUGCGGAAUACCUCGGCGAACUGUAUGUGGAUCGCGACUUUCGCGAGGGGGAGCGCAAUGGGGAGUCCUGCCGCUUCGCGCUGGGCACUCGGGUGCAUGCCAAUCGAUACAUUCAGCAAUUUCGCGAGAUCUUCACGGAGGAGGGGCGCAAGGCGGUCAAGAUAACGCAUUUGAUACCAGGACAUGUGCCAAUUGUCACCCACACGGGGCUGACGAACGAGCAGCGGCUCCUCCUGCAGCAGCAACAACAGCAGCAGCAGAGGCAAGCUCAAUUGCAGCAGCAGCAACAGCAGCAGCAACAACAACAGCCGCAGCAUGUGGUAGUGGUCGGCAAUCCCCAGCACCAACAACAUCAGCAACAACAACAACAACAACAGCAGCCUCAGCAGCAACAACAACAACAGCCACAGCAAUUGUCUGCCACUGUGCACCAUGUGGCCCAGCCUCGCCAACAAAUCACCCAAAAGACUCUUAAUCUAGCAGGGGGCAGCAAUGUCAUCAACGUGCAGCAAAACAUAAGGCAGCAGCCUCAACAGCAGCAGCAACAGCAACAACAACAGCAACAACAACAGCAACAGCAAACGUACACCGUUGAAGGAACGCAGCAACAGGCAGCCACACAACAAAUUGUCCCGCAACAACAGCAGCCGCAGCAGCAGCAGCACAUACAGCUUCAACAGUUGGCCACCGGAAGCAGCAACUCUGCCACAACCACCCACCAUGUAAGCCUGAGCAAUGGAUCCCUGGUCCUGGUGCAACAGCAGCCCCAGCAGCAGCAGCAGCCACAGCUGACCCAGGCCCUGCAACACUCAGGCAUAACCAUUCAGCCGGCCAGCAUUCAACAGCAGCAGCAGCAGGUGAAGGGGCCAUCGGUCAUUGGCACCAACUCUGCUCUGCGUGCCCAGCUGAACUCCAAUGUGCCAAUUCUGCAAUCGCAGCUGAAGGCUCAGCAGCUAAUGCAAAAGCAGCAGCAACAGCAGCAGCAGCAGCAUCAGCAGCAGCAACAGCAGCAGCAGCAGCAGCAACAACAGACAACUGCCUCCAGUAAUAAUAAUAACAACAAUAACAGUAAUAACAAUAUGAACAACUCGGCCGCAAUCAAUGCCAUAAUGAACAGCAUCAUAAUCUCCGCCAAUCAGUACCAACAGCAACAGCAGCAGCAGCACGGCGGGACCACGACAAACAGCAAUCACAUUGCAACAUCCGGCAGCGGCAGCGGUGGCGGGGGCGGCGUCGGCGGCGGCGGCAACAACAACAACAACGGAAGCAACACCGCCACGCUGAAGAACUCCAGCAAUGCCUCAAUUCUGAACCUGCUCAACAGUGCCCCAGCUGCCAUGACCAGCACACCAGUGGCCAGUGGCACGUUCACAUCCUCCACCGGCCAACAGCAACCGCAGACGCUGACACUGGUCCAACACCAGCAGCAGCAGCAGCAAUCCGCUCCGGCCACCUCUGAUGUAGCCACAGCCACCUAUGUGCAGACAACGCGCGGCACGCCCACUCUGGUGACUGCCCAGCGGAAGCAGCAGUCCAGUGAGGUGCUGCAGAACCUGCUGGGUGUCAACAGAAAGAUCGUAGGAGGCGGUGGCACCACCACCACUACCUUUCGGACCAACUCUGCAGGCAAUCUGAUAUCCGUCAACCUCAAUCCGCCCACGCAGGCGCAGCACCAGCAGACAGUAGACGGCGGCGGCCAGACGGUGCGAGUAUCCAUGUCGGCGCUGGCCUCGCAGCUGGCCUCUCCGCCUGCCAUAAUGACCAAUCCCACCACAAGCUAUACGGUGAUCUCGUCGGGCAACAGCGCUGCGACGGCUGCGGCCUGGAUACAGAGUCCCACGGUGCCGGUGCAGCAGCGUAUUCUGAACACUCUGAGAAGGGACAGCACCACAGCACCGCCCAACGCUAUUGUAGUGGGAAUGGCCGCUCCCUCGCCAGGCAGCGAUUCGAAUGCCUCGAAUGCCAGCGGGUUCGCAGUGCCCAACAACCUGGCGUCGAGCAGCAGCAGCAGCGGCGGGGUGGGAGCUCUUUCCGCCCUGCUGACAAAUGCGGCCACUCCCUCGCCCUCGGGUUCGGAUCACUCGCAGUCCUCGCAGUCGCAUCAGAACCAGGCCUUGCUUGAGCGUCUCAGCAAUGUUACUUCCAACGUGUCCGCCGUGGCCAUGCCGCACAUGUCGCCGCAGCAACCGUCGGCGACGCAGCAGUUCAUCACGAAGACCAUCGUGCACUCUCCCGCUACAUCAUCGAUACACUCGCCCAUGUCUAGUCCGCAUCCGCAGCCCUCAGCCUCGCCCCAGCAGCACCAUCAGCAGCAGACGCAACAGCAACAAACCACCGCCACACUAAACCUGCAGGGCAUCAAUCUGUCACAGCUGCAGGGUGCCAUGGCCAACUUUACCGGCCUUCAAGUGCAGAUUCCCGGCUUCACGCAGCCCAUCUCGCUGCAGUUCUCCGGCAACAGUUUGCAGCAACAGCAGCAGCAGUCGGGGAACUCGGCAACGGGUGCGGGCACGACGCAGGGCCAGCAGAGGAGUGUUCUGGUGUCGGUUCCCGUCUCGAGCCAGCAGCACCAGCAACUGCCACACACCAUCACGCUGCAGACGCAGUCACACCAGCAGCAACAGCAGCAGCACGCUCCGCCGACGGGAACGAUAGUCAGUCUGCCCUCGACAGUGGGCGGCACACAGACGGUGGUCAUCACGAACAACGCAGGCGGCGGCGGAGGUAGCGGCAGUGGUAACGGUGGCGGCGGCAGCGGCGGCGGUGGAGGAGGAGGAGGAGCAACAACGGCCAUGCUGACCCUUCCCAUUGCUCAAAUAGUCGGUGCCGGUGUACAGAAACUAAAUCCUCAAACAAUACGUACCUCAAGUGUUGGUGGUGGUGUAGGUGUUGCCCAGCAGACGAUCCAGCAGCAACAGCAGCAGCAGUCGGGCAACAGCAACACGGCUGCCAUUCAGCUGGUGGGCACCAUCCAGCCCCGGGCCCGGAACGUCCAGGUGGUUGGAGCCAAGCAAUUAACCACCAGCAGACAGCUUAUCACUACCCAACGCCAGAUAGGUGGCUCGACACUCAAGAUAGCCACUACUCCGAUGAAUGCUGCCAAUGUCGUAACCAGUAGUGGCGGUCCCAUUGUAAUGUCUGGCCAGAAGCUGCAGCUAAAGACUGUGAAGGCGCCAAUGCAGCAGCUGCAACAGCAGCAACUGCAGCUGCAACAGCAACAUCGAAUACUCAACCAGCAGAGCACCGCCACAGUCUCGUCACAGACACUGUCCAGUCCCAGCCAGGUGCAGGUGCCGCAGCAACAGCAGCUGCAGCACAUCCAAAUCGCUGGACGAGCCACCACUGCCACGGGAGCCAUAACCCAGCGGACACUCACGGCUCUGGCGGCGGCCAAGCAGCAACAGCAGCAGCAGCAACAACAGGCGGCGGUCAAUCGACGGCGUUCCACCACCGACGCGACAAAGUAAAGGCGAUGAAGAAAAGAAAACGGCACAAUAUUAGAUUUGUGUAAGGACUGUAAGGACUGUAAGGAAUGAGAGGACUGAGAGAUGAAAGAUGAGAGCGAGAAAGUAAUAAGGCUACGCGUUGUGUAUUUGCAUGAUAUUAUAGCUUAUGGUUACCUCCUAACUAUCACCACUAUCGUACAUUGUAUACCCAUAUAUCUAUAUAUGUUUUGAUGUGUAAUCGUAAGUGUGAAAUAUGUAUGUAUAUGGGCAAUAGCAUGGCAGCUCAUAGUAUGUGCAACCUAGUUAGGAGCUGGAGCUAGCGGCAACUGGAACUGAAUUUGGUUGAGCUCUCCAGGUCUGCCGACUGCGCUUGUGUUAAUUGUGUCACCUUGGCAUAAACGAAUUAGGUGUAAAGCUCUUAAUAAUAUUUAUCUAGUUGUACAUAUAUACACAUUAUAUAUAUUAUAAAUACGAGUAUGUGAAGAUUGUUUCAACUUUUCCCGCGCAUCCAACCGCCAUUCUACCUAUUGUCCAUUUGGCUCCCAGCUCCAAUUCGUUAAGGCCUAGCUCGUUAAGCGUGCUAAUUUGAAAUUGUAAAGCAGGGGGUGGAUCACUGAAAACAAAAGAAAGCAAUAACAAGAGAAGUAAGGAGACAGCAAACAAAAAACGUAAGUUAAUUGUAAAGAAAUUCUAAUUAUUACGAUUACGAUUACGAUUACGUUAGCUACAAGAGAAUAUGAAAUAUGAACCGGUGUAGGGGUUCAUAAGAAUAAUUAUACAUAUUAAAUUGUACUAUUACUAUUAUUAUUGCUAAUUAUUAAAUCGAUUGCUUAGUUUAAGUUCGCUAAAGAAAAAACCCAUUUUAGUUUGUAUUGAACAAGUCGUAGCCUCAACCAAUUUAGUACUUCCAAUUGCAGAAACAUUAAAACGAAAAGCAAAAACAAACAAAUAUAUGCAAAAAGUCAUCACUUAUUUAAACAAUUUAUUUGUAAUAGCGCAAUGUACAACGAGACUAGCACGAGAAGAAGAAUCGUGAGCGGAGAGAGUUACAGAACGAGCGGGUGACGAGUAACGUGUAAAAAGUAACGCUUACACUAAGCCAAUUUGUUUUUUCAACUACGCCAGUUUCUGUAGAAUGAAAUUAUUUAUUUAAGCAACGAUUUUAAUUAUGUUACAUCAGUGCUGUAAUUGCUAAGCAUUGUUUGCUUCUUCUGCUGUACAACCCACAAAAACCUUAACUUCUUGAUAAUUCGAAAACGAACACAACACACAAAUUAACCUUACCCCAUAUAUGGCAGCCCACACCCACACCCACACCCAUACCCUUACCCGUAAGCGUAAACGUAUCCGUACCCAAAAACUCAAGCAUAACUUACUCAAUGUUAAUAUUAAUUAAUAAAUGUGAUUUAAGAAGAAUAAAAACAAAAGAAAUCAUGGUACUACU